CUUGGGUACUGCUUUACACUUUGGAAAUGGCCGAAGCGACCACACAAUGGAUACCACCGGCUACCAAUAUUGCCCAAGAAGAUGUCAAGGGAAAGAUGUUUACAUUCAUGCGAAACUUUGACGACCACAUACGGCGAGAAAAAGAAACGAUACUUUCAAACCGAAACAAGUGGAUUGCCCAAAAUGCACAGGACAGAGAAAACUUUGUCAAGAUGCAAAGUACGAUUGAAACGUACAAAACAGACGCUGAACUGCUGUCAGACAAAAUGGGAAAGGAAAAGGAGGAACUGCAGAAAGCCACAAGAGAUAUUGAAGAAUACAAGGAAAAGCGCGAUAUACAGUUCGCUAGAAAGCAAGAGCUAGAAAAGCAAAUUAUGGAGUUGAAGAGGGAGCUGGAGCAAAAGCGACAAGCUAAGAGUGCUAUGAUACAGGAAAAUGCUGUUCAGCAACGUAAGAAUGUCCCGGAACUCCUUUGCUAUGAGGAAAAGCUAGCAUGUAAGAUCAUUGGUGUCGCAACGGACGUUCUCACCUUUCAGUUCCACAACAUUGAUGAAGAUGACUGGAAUCGCCGAUUUUUAGUGACGAUCCAGAUUGCAGGCAAACAAUACAGUCUGAAAGCCUGUGAUCCGGAGUUGUCAACUGCCAAACGUCUUGUGGAUGAACUCAACUCAUCUCGAGAUUUCUUCCGCUUUUUGAAAAAGGUACGACAAGCAUUCAAAAAUAGCUUAACGUAGUGUUGCGGCAACAAAAUUCAUUACCUUUCGACUUGUAAUUAUAUCUCUUCAAUUUUUAUCAUAAAUAUGUAAUGCUUGCAACUUUGGAAAACGUGUUGCAAGGAAGGACG